AGUUUUAUUGAGUAUUUUAAUCGCGCACUGGUUGUACGAUGAUGUGCGUAAGAAGGUUAAUGCGAAACUUUGUGAAUAUGAGCAAGCGAGAUGGGAGGCGAGACGGAUUGCAAGAGCUAAUGCUUGGAAAGCUAGGGGUUAUGAUGAUGUAAAGGCUAACAUCUGUUAUGUUACUAGAUUUGCUGGUGAUUUGAAGGGUUUGAGGGAAGUGUUAAGUAAAGUAUACGGUACUAGACCUUAUAAACACAUUUUUGACCAG